GGAGGAUGAGUAGUGGAGCCCAACAAAGACGUGGAGGGGGAGGGAUAAAUAUGAGAGACCCUUUGGGGUUGGAAAGUGUACAGCCUGAACAGCCAGAAAAUGGGGAGAAUAAAAAAGAGGCGGUUGUUGUUAAUGCUGGUGUGGAUGACCAGAAGGGGAUUAAUAUUAAAAGAAAAAGAACUACAAAAGAAGACUUACAACAACAACAACAACCAACAAAACAACCAAAUCAGCGUUAUACAUCCCCCGUUUCUCGAAAAAGUUUGGGUUCUAUAAAAAAGAAUUUGAGAGGAGAAAAUAAGGAAAUUGGGGAGGAAAAAGAAAAAUUGGUUGAUUUUAAUGAUUCUAAUAAUUCUUCUGUUCAACUUGAAGAAGAAAAGAAGAAAAAACAACAAAAAAUGGCUGAGAGGGUAGCCAUUGUAGGAGAAUGGGGUAUUCGGGAGAAACGCUCAAAAGCUGCUGAAAUGCCAAACUGAAAAAAAUGACAAAAAAGUUAACUUCUGUGUUGAAGUUUGUUGGGGUAAAUGUCCCGGUCCAGUUGGUCUACAUGUCCGCAAAGAGCUCUUUUCUUUCCUUUUCUUGCAUUUUUUGUGUUCGGAGAAGUUGUUGGUAUUAAUUUGGUAUUUAGGCGUUUUAAUAUUACAUUAUACCGGUUACUUGGAGUUUGGGGUACCCGAAAAAUUUAGA